CAUCAGCUUCCUGACCACGUUUGUUGUUAGCGUGGUUAAUAAACUGUUAUUGCUUUAGUUUUGUACCUUACUUCCCUUUCCUUCUUCUAUAGACCGUUUUCUCGCUUUCUUCCUUUGUGACUGAUUAUCUCUUUUAGUCGGCAUGGCCAUGGCAGUCUCUGCAAUCGGAUUUGAGGGUUACGAAAAGAGGCUUGAAAUUUCGUUUCAUGAGCCAAGCAUCUUUGCUGAUCCCGAGGGAAAGGGUCUACGAACUCUUUCCAAAGCUCAGUUGGAUGAGAUUCUUGAACCUGCUGAGUGCACUAUCGUUUCAUCUUUGUCAAAUGACUAUGUUGAUUCUUAUGUCCUCUCUGAGUCAAGCCUCUUUGUUUACCCGUACAAAAUCAUUAUCAAAACCUGCGGGACAACAAAAUUGCUUCUGUCAAUCCCACCCAUCCUGAAGCUGGCCGAUGCUCUUUCACUCACUGUACAAUCUGUGAGGUAUACCCGAGGGACAUUCAUUUUUCCUGGAGCUCAGUCCUAUCCUCAUCGUAACUUCUCUGAAGAAGUCGCUCUCCUUGAUAGCUAUUUUGGGAAGCUUGGUUCAGGCAGCAGUGCUUAUGUAAUGGGCAGUUUCGACAAACUGCAGAAAUGGCAUGUGUACAGUGCUUCUGCUGGAUCUGUAUGUUCCCCUGGCCCUGUUUACACACUUGAGAUGUGUAUGACUGGUUUGGACCGAGAGAAAUCUUCUGUUUUUUUCAAAAGCCAAUCCGUCACAGCAGCUGUGAUGACCAGUGCUUCUGGUAUAAGGAAGAUACUUCCAAAUUCAGACAUUUGUGAUUUUGAGUUCGAUCCUUGUGGUUAUUCUAUGAAUUCUAUCGAAGGGCCUGCAAUUUCUACCAUUCAUGUUACUCCCGAAGAUGGUUUCAGUUAUGCGAGCUUUGAAGCAGUUGGAUAUAAUCCAAAAGUUGUGAACCUAAACCAGCUGGUCGAGAGUGUGUUAGCAUGUUUCCUACCAAGCGAAUUCUCCGUAGCUGUGCAUGCCGAUGUUACUGCUAAGCUGCUUGAGCGGACAUGUUCGCUGGAUGUAAAUGGCUAUUGUCUUCAAGAGAAGAGCCCUGAAGAGCUUGGAAUGUGUGGUGCAAUUGUCUACCAGAAGUUUGUCAAGACUUCAGGCUGUGGAUCUCCUAGAUCUGUUCUGAAAAGCUGUUGGAAAGUAGAGGACGAAGAAGUAAUGUAUUAGUUUUAAGGGUGCUUUAUUAGUAUGCGGUGUGUAUCCAAUUACGUCUUCUCUAGUCUAUAAUAAGUUGGGUUCUAUAUCCAAACACGUUAUGUCAGUUGGGUUUUAUGUCCCAACUUUGGAUUUGGUCAGCUGUUUUGUGUUUAAACAGAAACUUAUUAACGUGGUUAUAUUUGUGUUA